AUGAAGGAGCAUUUCUUUCUAGAUUGCAGUUCAAAUGAUGGUGAUGCUGAACUUUGGUUUGGACGUAACAUGCCUGCUUGCGAUUCUAUCGCACUUGGAUCGGGCCCUUUCAUGUUCUCAAACUUCAGAAACAUGUUGACAGCUAUUGGUUGUGAUACUGAGGUCAUGGAGACAGAAGCUGAGGUGACAGUUGGUUGCUGCCUGUCUCUUAUUUGCACUGAAAAUAUUGCCUGGCAGCUCACUCUCAUAGCAGAUGGAAAACAUACAUCAGUUGUUGGGAUUGAAAUUGAAUGUGUGGUUAAGAAUGAGAGGCGCGAACAGGCUAAAGCUAGUACUAGUGCAUAUACUUGUGGCAGUAAUACAGGCUGCACUCAUUCAAACAACGUUCAAAGAUAUCUUGCUUGUACAGUGAAGGUUUCAAAGGACACCACUAUCUUCAACAAGGAUGCCAAGAUAAACUGGUUAAUGCUUUUUGGAAUUUCCGCAGUUAAUAUUUCUGCAGGUGAUAUUCACAAGAACAGCAUUUUAGCCCAUGAUUCACUUCCUGCCGGCGAUCCCAGGAUUGCUAUGUGUCAAGCGGGACAAAAUAUUGCAUCCCUGCACAAUCACAUUCCCUUCCAAAUCAAGGCCAUUCAGCUGCCUUUCAUCCAUACAUUUAUUCAAGUCCAGUUCAUUAAAAAAAAUAUUUUCAGUUCAAAUGACGGUGGUGCUGAACUGUGGUUUAGAAGCAACAUGACUGCUCGUAAAAUAUCGCUGCUGGAGGGCACAGUGACUGUAAGCAUUAGUACGGCAUAUGACUGUUAUGACAAAUUGGGGAAUGAAAAUCGCAUUUUCGAUCAGUCAAUGAAACUUGGACCAGGCCCUUUUACGUUCUCAGACACCCUAAACAUAUUCACAGCUAUCGGCUGUGAUACGGCUGCCCAGGUGACCAACGAAGAGUUUACAUAUGGAGCUGCCUGUCUAUCCCUAUGCACAAAAUAUGUGAACAUGACAGAUGCAAAUACUUGCUCAGGUUCUGGAUGCUGCCAAACCUCGAUUCCCAUGGGCCUCAAGUCACUUGAUAUUUCAUCUUAUAGUUUUUUCAACCACUCGAAUGUUUCGGAUUUCAAUCCCUGUGGAUUUGCAUUUUUAGCGGAUACGCGCUCCUUUCAUCUUUCAGAUUGGCCGCUCAGUCGCAUGGCAGAUGGAGAAGAUACAUCAGAUGUUGCGAUUGAAUGGGUAGUUAAGAAUGAGACAUGUGAACAGGCUAAAGCUAAUACAAGUGCAUAUGCUUGUGGCAUUAAUACAAACUGCACUUAUUCAGAGAAUGGUCAGGGAUAUCGUUGCGUAUGCAAUGAAGGCUUCGAAGGAAACCCCUAUCUUGAACAAGGAUGCCAAGAUAUUGAUGAGUGCAAAUAUCCAGAAAGAUACCCAUGUGAAGGUAAAUGCAAGAACACUAUUGGAAGCUACAAAUGUCAUUGUCCAUUUGGCGAGUAUGCUAAUGGUGAAAACGGUUGUCAGGGAUUUGGUGGUAUCAUAAUUAUAUCAGUAGCUGUUGGGGCAGCAGUUUUCCUAUUGAUUAUUUGUUGCCUACUCUAUGUAAUCUGCACAAAAAGAAGAAGGGACAAGAACUUCAGAAAAAAUGGGGGAAUGGUUUUGAAGCAUCAGCGAGUAAGGAUUUUCAGAGAGGCAGAGCUGGAAAAGGCAACCAACAAUUAUGUUGAAGAUCAGAAACUUGGGGAAGGUGGUUUUGGUUACGUUUACAAGGGAGUUUUAGCAGAUAAUACCCUGGUUGCUGUCAAGAAGUUUAAAGGGGUAGACAAGGAUCAGCUGAACGAAGAAUUUCAGAAAGAAAUUGGCAUUGUUUCACAGGUCAACCACAGGAAUGUGGUCAAGCUCUUGGGCUUGUGUUUGGAAACCAAAGUGCCAUUGUUAGUUUAUGAGUUCAUUUCAAAUGGAACUCUUUACAAGCACAUCCAUGAUAAAAGGUCACAGAUAUUAGCUUCCUGGAGCAAUCGUCUGAGGAUAGCAUCAGAGAUUGCCCUUGCACUUGAUUACCUGCAUUCUCUAGCAGACCCUCCAGUUAUUCAUGGAGAUGUCAAGUCAGUGAACAUACUUUUAGACUAUAACUACACGGCAAAGGUUGCAGAUUUUGGAGCUUCAGUGCUGAUUUCUUCAGGCCAAAGCUUUAUAGCCACAAAGAUACAAGGGACUUUUGGCUACCUGGAUCCAGAGUAUCUUAUGACGGGUAAUUUAACACCAAAGAGUGAUGUCUUCAGUUUUGGGGUUGUUCUCAUGGAGCUUCUCACAGGACAAAAGCCAAACUCCCAUGUCAAGUCUGGAGAAACAAGGAACAUUAUUGAAUACUUUAUCUCAGCACUGGAAAAUAAUAAUCUUUUCGGAAUUUUGGAUUUUCGGGCAGCUGAUGAAGGUGACAUGGAUGAGAUAGAAGUUGUUGCCGAGCUUGCAAUAAGAUGUGUCAACAGCAUGGGCAUAAACCGCCCGACCAUGAAGGAAGUAUCCGAUGAGCUUGCUAAGCAGAAGGCCCUUCAUGAAAGUUCUUGGUCACAGCACAAAAAUGAUGACACCAAGCAUUUGCUAAGUGAAUCGCCACGCUCUUUCUCCGAAAGUUCAAGUCCUUCCUCAAGUCAUUGUCAGAGCACUCAUAGCGUUAUAUCAUUUCAGAGUGAGAACAAUACUGACCGUUUAAACUCGCCAAUUAUCAUUUUGUGACAUUGAUCACUUGGACAACCUCGUGAUGUCUGAAUCUGAAUUGUUUUGAUAUGCAGUUCUAUUCGUAGUGUUGGAAUGCCACAUUUUAGCAAGCUGUAGCGAUAUGUGAACCAAAUAGUUUGAAUUAUUAAGUUGUAGCUUUAU